GCCUGGCGACCGGACGAAGGGCCCGGCUUGAGAGCGCGGCCCCUCCGCGAGCAGCCACCGGUCGGCGCGGCGGAUCGGGGUCCCCGGGGGUCCCCGGCUGCCCGCCCUGCGCAGGUCGCUCGGGGAACCGCUUAGCGCCCGGGAGUCGGGGUGUCAGGGAGGCUUUGCGCGGCUGUGCAGGACGAGUGGUACUGGCCACGUUUCAGAGUAGACGCGGCGACCGGAGCAAGCGCCGGUGCGGGCGAGGGCGCCCAGACGGCCGAGGGUCCGCCCUGCUGCGCUGUCCGCUCGGCUGUGCCCGCGCGGGCACGGCUGCACCCUGGGGCCAGGAGGCACGAGGGUCGUUCUCCCGCGGCUUCGCCAGGGGCUUCCUGGCCUGUCCCUCGGGGGCUUGGUACCCUCCCGUGUCACACGGGCUCCCGGCAUGGCACCCCUGCGCCCGGGCGCCCGCUGUCAUCGUGGGGGGCCCUCUCCACGUGACCUUGGACCCUGAGGCGGCGGCAGCGGCCCCUCAGCACACUCUUCCAGAUGCCCGAGAACGCCUGCCGUUUCCGCCAGGGCCCUGAUGGCUUCCCCCAGCCCCCGACUGAGGCGCCUCUCCGCAGAGGGACCGGAGCGUGGGAGGGUGUUGUACUCGCGCACCUCUGUGUCCGGGCCUGUCGGGGCCACUGGGCCCGUGAGGCCAUCACAGUACAA